CCGGCAACAGGCUUAGUUGGGUGACAGACAUUGCAGCCGAGUUCCCUUGUGAGCAAGGCUUCCCACCUGACUGUGAGGUCACGCGGCGCAGCGCUCAGAACCCACGGAGCACUCGGCAGAGGUGUUUGGCCGAGUGCUGAGCAGGAACGUGCACGACGCGCGACUGCUGGCUUCCCGCCGCUUCCUCUUUCCCAUGGCGAGGCCAGCGCUCUACCGACGACAAGUGCUGGCCGGAGGGCUGGUCUCGGUGCCAUGGCGUGGCGCACGAAGCCCGAGGUGGAGCGGUACGUUGCCUUUGUGCGGUCCGCCGCCUCUUCUCCUAGAGAGAAAUCGUUGAAAGGAUUCAUCUGUGCUAAGCUGUAUUUUGAAAUAAAAGAAUAUGAGCUUGCUAAAAGAUAUAUAUCUACUUAUCUCAGUGUCCAAGAGAGAGAUCCCAGAGCACACAGAUUUCUUGGACAAAUUUAUGAAGCUCAGGACGAGACAGAAAAAGCUGUUGGGUGUUACAAGCGUUCUCUGGAGCUGAACCCAAUACAGAAAGAUCUGGUGCUGAAGAUUGCGGAGCUAUUCUGCAAUAAAGACACCAGUGAUGGAAGAGCAAAAUACUGGGUGGAGAAAGCUGCCAGGCUGCUCCCUGGGAAUGCUGCUGCUCUCAGAUUGAAGGAGAAGUUACAAGAAUAUAAAGUUGAAGAUGGCUGGAAUGAGCUCUUUUAUGUGAGUCAAGCUGAACUCCAUGCAAGACCUGAUGACGUCUACCUUAACAUCAGACUUGUUGCACUGUACCGCUCACGCAAUAAAUUGCAAGAUGCUGUGCUCCAUGUUCAGGAGGCAGAGAAGAAAAUACCUCUGGAGACAAGCUUGGAAUGGUGCUCCUGUGUCGUAAAGACACUUGAGGAAUACCUUGAAUCAGCCCAGAACUUGGAAUCUAAUACAAGGAAUUGGAGAGCUAUCAAAAGCGGUCAUCUAUUGGCUCAUUCUAGCUUUAUUAAAAUGAAAUUUGCUUCGGGAGAUGUCCGUCAGUGCAGAGAGGCACUUGAAAGCUUUGAUCGUCUCCUUCACUCUGUGAAACAGUAUGUGAGAGAAGCUGAGGAGCUGUCUCACACCGUCUUGGAAAUGAAAGGACAGCUAUACAUGCAUGCUGGGACGUUUCUGCUCAAACUGGCCCAGAACAGUGAGGUGCAGUGGAGCGAUGCGUGUCAACUGGCAGCACUGUGUUAUUUGAAAAGUUUCAACGUUCCUAAACCAAAGUCAAAACUAACAAAAGGGGAUCCUGCUGGUCUAGACAAGCUGGAAAUGUUGGCUUGUGAUCGCAAAAGCCAGUCUGGUAAUAUGAAUUAAUCCUUAAGAAAGUUCCAUAGAUCUCUUUUAAUCUUAUGAAUAGUUACUUGAAGAGUUAAGCGGCUCGA